AUGGAUGUCGACAAAUAUGCGUUGAGACUGAAAAAUUUGAAACGAAAACGGGUGAGUUUGGCGGUAAAGAACCGUAAAGAAGUGAACCGGGAGGAUGAGCUGAGUCAAAAGUCUCAAAAGCCCGCUGUAUAUAGUUUGAAUGAGGACAAAAACUCGGAUGGGAAAGGCGAGAGUGGCAGAGAAAAAGGUGAUGCCCACGAUCGUCGAUGGGAUUACAGUAUGCGAGAUUAUGAGCAGUGGGACGACCGAGAAAAUAGGAAGAAAAGGACAGAUUUCGGCCAGUACAGAGAUCUGGCCAAGGCUACGUACGAUAAAGAAGUUCAACGAAUCGCCCACAGGUUUGAUGACCACCAUAGCAGCAACAAGGUUGGGAAACAGACCCGCAAUUUCAACAGCAAAGGUAAAAUUGUAAUCGAGGACAAUCUGCAGUUGGUGAGCGACCUAGCAGAAAGCUUGGAAAAAGACGCCAACCAGCGAUACGCCAAGACGCAGAAAAAACUGGAACGCCGGAACGGUACUGAGACCUCCUCGUCUACCGGAUUUGUGAAUGAGAAAAACAAGCAGUUCAAUGAGAAGCUGGAUCGUCAAGCAAAGAGAUUAGAACAGCUCGAAGAAGCACAGGAGCAGGGACAGGGGUGA